AUGUCUGACCUUCCCGGCGUCAUCACCUCCCACCGCUACGGCAAGGACCUCGUGCGCGUUGUCCGCGUUGUCCGUGAUAAGACCGCGGACGGCAACGAGAUCCACCAUAUCAUCGAGUACACCAUCCGCGCCCUCCUUGACGGCAAGAUCGAGACCUCGUACACCCAGGCCGACAACACUUGUGUCGUCCCCACCGACACUGUCAAGAACACUUGCAACUUCUUUGCCAAGACCUCCCCACACGUCCUUGACCCCUCCGCGUUCGCUCUCCACCUCGGCACUCACUUUGUGACCCGCUACGACCACAUCUCCAAGUGCUACAUUGACCUCAGCUCCCACAAGUGGAGCCGUAUCAGCGUCAAGGGCGUGCCCCACAAGUGGUCGUUUGUCCGCGAUGGCAACGAGAAGCAGACCGUCUCCCUCGUCAUCGACGCCGCCGACAAAUCUGACCUCAAGGCCGUCCUCACGCCCGGUCUCAAGGACCUGCACGUGCUCAAGACCUCGGGCUCGGCCUUUGAGAACUUCUGGCGUGACGAGCUCACCACCCUCGUCGCGGUGCAGGACCGCAUCUUCUCCACCUCUGUCACUGCGACCUACACCAUCCCCCUCCCUCCCAACCUCCCCCUGUCCAUCGACAACAUCCCCCUCAUUGCCAAGGAGCUCAACUUCCCCGAGAUUGCCGACAAGGUCCGCCAGGACACUAUCGAGGUCUUUGCCACGGACGAGUCGGCCUCGGUCCAGGCCACCCUGUACAACACCUGCCAAAAGGUGCUGGUGUCGUGCCCCGCCGUCACGGAGAUUAGCUACGCACUCCCCAACAAGCACUACAUCCCCGUCAACCUGUCGGCCUUCAAGCUCGACAACGGUCUCGGGUACGAGGGCGGCGCCGAGGUCUUCUACCCCGCUCCUGACCCCAGCGGCUGGAUCGAGGCCACUGUUGCCCGCAAGUCGACGCUGCACAAGCUCUAG